AGAAGCAGGAGCAGCGCUCGAGCGAGGGUCUCCUUGCGCGGUGAUGGCGGCCAAUCAACCGCCUCCUCCCAAGCCGUGGGAGAACCGGCGGCUAUCUGCUGAUGUAGGAGUCAGUCAAGUGACUAGACCUGGACAGCCCACACUCACUCGAAUUCCGCCUCCUAUUCUGCCAAGGCCUUCACAACAGACUGGGAGCACUGGUCUUAAUACCUUCAGGCCUGCAUAUGGCAGCUCUUUUUCUGCAGGCUAUGGCACAUAUGGGAAUUCUUUUUAUGGAAGUUACAGCCCAUAUAAUUACGGAUAUGGUGGCUUGGGCUACAGUCGUUUUCGAAUGGAUGAUAUUCCCACCAGUCGAUUUGUUCAGCAAGCUGAGGAAAGCAGCCGGGGUGCAUUUCAGUCCAUUGAAAGCAUAGUCCAUGCCUUUGCCUCUGUCAGCAUGAUGAUGGAUGCUACAUUUUCAGCUGUCUACAAUAGUUUCCGAGCUGUACUGGAUGUUGCCAAUCACUUUUCCAGGCUCAAAAUACAUUUUACCAAGGUAUUUUCAGCCUUUGCAUUAGUCAGAACUAUAAGGUAUUUCUACAGAUGGCUGCAGAGGUUACUGGGUAUGAGAAGGAGCUCAGAGAAUGAUGAUUUGUGGGCGGAAAGCAAAGGAACUGUGGCCUGCAUUGGUCCAGAAGAUAAGGCAGCUAACUCUGCAAAAUCCUGGCCCAUUUUCCUAUUUUUUGCCGUGGUUUUAGGCGGUCCCUACCUUAUAUGGAAGCUACUAUCCACCUACAGUGAUGAUGGAACAG